AUGUCAACCUCUAGUUUUGAUAGCCAUGUUCUCUUUCUGGCCGUGGGAGCGCAGGCCAAUCACCGGGAGGUGUAUGCAGACCUCAUUGGAAAGAUCAAGGAAAAGGCAGUUCUCAUUCAGCCCCUCGAUUCAAUCUCCACGGCCAUCCAACAACUCGAAAGGCCCUUCCAUGUCGUGUUUGUCAACAGCCAGGUAUUGAUCAAUCCCCAGAAUAAAGAAGUCUGGGAGGCCGUGCUUGGUUAUGUCCGGCGUGGUGGAACAGCCAUCUGCAUCGGAGACUUCAGUGAAAUCAGCACGACCGUUCCUCCGCGAAAACCAGUCCGGAAGCCCUUUGCGGAUGCUCGACUGUUAUGGAAGUUCGAUGAGAAGCACCGCGCUGAUGUCUAUCUGAAUCGGGAAUACCUUUCUCUCCCACCUCAUCUAAUGGAGACCCUGCCCAAGUCGUACAGUGCCGAAACCAUUUUCCUUAGAAAUGUUGAGAACAAGGACGUGUGGUAUCGCCCCACUGAAGAGGAUAUUACACCCCUCGAGGUUGUCGAAGCAGGACAUGUGAACCCUUUCUCAUUUUCGGUGGCUAUGACAAAGUUUGGCAAGGGAAAGCUUGGCUAUGUGGGUGAUUGUGGUGGGGCAACCCCAACUUCGAUUCUCAUGGCUAUGGCUGGCUUGACCAAGUGA